AGUUCUAUUCUGUAUUCCUGAGAAAGUUAUCCGCCUAUUCUUCGACAUCCUCUUUUACCCCAUUUCUGCCCAUGCAUGCCAGAAAAAGAAGGGAACAAAGCGGGACCGAAAUGCUCUCGAUUGCCAUCCUCAUUUGCCGCCGAGAAGAUUAAUUGUAAGUAAUUAAGCAGGCACACUGCCUUGUUUCAAUUUGUUUGGCUGAUUUCUCUUGGAUCAAUUCAAAUGUUGUGUACUUUCAAGCCACGAAGCCUCCUCUUCCUCUGGCGAUCCCUGAUGCGAGCAUUGGUCUCAUUCAUCUCCCAUUUCCUCUGGUGAUCCAACCAAUAUCAUUUCUUGGUGUACAUAUAACAUCCAUCGAUCCUUGUGGAUCGAUCGGGGAUCGAUUGCUCAUUGUGAUGCAUCUUCAUCAUUGCCCACGACGACGAUGGGAUCAGUGGACUACUACGAGACCCUGAAUGUCGACCGGGACGCCACCGACGACGACCUCCGAAGGGCGUACCGGCGGCUGGCCAUGCGGUGGCACCCCGACAAGAACCCCACCGGCAAGAAUGACGCCGAGGCCAAGUUCAAGGACAUCACCGAGGCCUACAACGUCCUCAGCGACCCCGGGAAGAGGGCGGUGUACGACGAGUACGGGGAGGAGGGGCUCAAGGGCCCGCCGCCGCAGGCGCCCGGCGGUGGCGCCGACGACGACGACAUCUUCGCCGAGUUCUUCGGCGACACGCCCUUCACCUACUGCAACAACGCGCGCGCCAAGCCCCCCCGGCCUUACGGCGCCGGAUGUUCAGAGCAGAACACCAUGGCGCCGCCGCCGCCGCCGGUGCAGAGCAAUCUGGCGUGCACCCUGGAGGAGCUCUACGUGGGCGUCACCAAGAAGAUGAAGAUCUCCAGGAAUGUCGUCGACGCCAGCGGGAGGAUGAAGACGGAGUCGGAGAUCCUGUGGAUCGAGGUGAAGCCGGGGUGGAAGAAGGGGACGAAGAUCACGUUCCCGGGGAAGGGGAACCAGCUGCGGUGGAACCAGGCGGCGGCGGACCUGGUGUUCGUGGUGGACGAGCGGCCGCACGCCGUGUACCGCCGCGACGGGAACGACCUGGUGGCGGAGGCCCGGGUCACGCUGGCGGAGGCGCUGGGCGGCACGGUGGUCGUGCUGGCGGCGCUCGACGGCCGGGAGCUGGCGGUGGACGUGGGCUGCGGCGGCGGCAAAGAGGAGGAUCGGGAUCAGGAUCCGGAGGAGCAAGUCCCCGUGGUGUGGCCCGGGUACGAGCUGGUGGUGCCCAUGGAAGGAAUGCCCAUCGCGCGCGAGCCAGGCCGCCGCGGCAGCCUCCGGAUCCGGUUCGACGUCGAGUUCCCCACCACGCUGACCCGUGCCGCGCGCAAGCAGAUCAAGCGCAUCCUCGACGCCGCGCCGGCUAGCUAGCUGAUUCAUCCCCGGCCGGCUGCGGCGACAUGCGGGGGUGCUCGUGUUGCCGGUCAGUGGAGAAUUUCGUACAUUUGGUCGCCGUGAUUGCGUGCGCGUGAUACGUGAUGUGGCAUACGUACGUGCGCAUCAUGCACGGUUUAUAUCUACGGAUUUUAUUACCGUA